GAUCAGGAGAGACGCACAAGGAAGCAACUGCUAUCGAGAAAACCGAACAUGUCCACGGAUCGGAAACGGUCAAAGCUGUAUUUGUUCUCAUUACUUAUUUCAUAGUUCCAAGUAAUUUUCCGCGUUCACGGAAAACGCAUAAAUAUUGUUAUUUAGCCUAUGAUUAUGAUUUCAGGCAAGACCUUCUGAAAACUUGUUCGCGUACCUAUGCAAUACACCAAACAACGCCGACUAGCUCACCUGUAUUGAUUUGUGUUUUGCUAGAGAAAGUGUAUACAAAACUUCAAGGUAGCCUGCUGCGUCCCAGUUUACGAUUUUGCAACCAAUGGGAUUAAAAUGAGGAAAUCUUGAAACAAGAAGGAUGUCUCGCUAUAUUUGAACUGGCAUUAGGAGUGGGCACCAGUGCCCGAGAUCUCCAAACAGAACAAGCACUCGAGCAAUAAAAACCAGGCUGGAUUAUACAAGCGAAAGAUGGGUGCCCAAUGGUGAGUCCCGAGGCUGCGCGGCAUGCGGAGGGUCACCUGACCGAGUGACACGAAAUGAGCGAAAUGAACGGCGGCUCGGCCGGGGCGGCCGACCGGACCUACGUUCUGCAGAUCUACCCCAGGCUCCUCCAGCAGACGGCGCCCAGCUGCACGCUGGUUGUCUCCAAGGACGCCACGGCGGUCCGGGUCAUCCAGCAGGCCAGGGCCACGCUGGGCCUGGACGGGUCCAGGCUGUAUGAGCUGGUGGAGGUGAGGGAGCCCGGGGGCCAGGAGUGGGUGCUGGAGGAAGGAGAUUUCCCCGUGCAGAGGACCCUGCUGUGGCCUCCGAGGGCCCAGAGCCAGCACCUGAAGAGCGAGGGAUACUACUUCCAUCUGCAGCAGCGAGCGGUGGACGGCCCGGUCCUGCAGACCGCUGGCAAGAAGGAGACGGCCCAGCCGCAGCUGGCCGCCCGAGGCUUCAUCUCGCCCCAGCAGCAGGAUUUCGACGACCUGUGCCACCUCCCCGUCCUGACCGAGGCCGGCAUCCUGGACAACCUGCGUGCUCGCUUCCACCGCAGCAAGAUCUACACCUACGCCGGCAACAUCCUGGUGGCCGUCAACCCCUUCAAGUUCCUGCCCAUCUACAACCCCAAGGACGUGAGGAUGUACGACAAGCACAAGCUGGGCCAGUUGCCCCCGCACAUCUUCGCUGUGGCCGACGUGGCCUACUACACCAUGCUGCACCGGCGCGCCAACCAGUGCAUGGUGAUCUCCGGGGAGAGCGGCUCGGGGAAGACGCAGAGCACCAACUUCCUGAUCCACUGCCUGACGGCGCUCAGCCACAAGGGCUACGCUUGCGGGGUGGAGAGAACCAUCCUGGGGGCGGGGCCUGUGCUGGAGGCAUUUGGCAACGCAAAGACGGCUCACAACGACAACUCCAGCCGCUUUGGCAAGUUCAUCCAGGUCAAUUACCUGGAAAGCGGAGUGGUCAGGGGGGCUGUGGUUGAAAAGUACCUCCUGGAAAAGUGUCGCCUGGUGUCCAGAGAACAGAAUGAAAGGAACUACCACGUGUUCUACUACCUGCUGGUUGGGGCGACAGAGGAGGAGAGGCGGGAGUUCAAGCUUCUGCAGCCCGAAGAUUACCUCUACCUCAAGCAGCAGAACCUCCAGGUUGAAGAUGAAGCGGAUCUCCGCCAUGAGUUUAAGAGGCUGCAGCAGGCCAUGGAGAUGGUCGGCUUCCUUCCAGCCACCAAAAAACAGAUUUUCUCUAUGUUGUCUGCCAUCCUGUAUCUGGGCAAUGUGACGUACCACCGCAAGUCAGACGAUGGAGAGGACUUGCUGGACGUGGGGCCGCCGGAAGUCCUCACUACUCUGUCUGACCUGCUCCAGGUUGAAGAGGAGCUGCUGGUGGAAGCACUGACCAAGAGGAGGACAGUGACAAGGAAUGACACGCUCAUUUUGCCCUACAGCCACAGUGAGGCCAUCACAGCCCGCGAUUCCAUGGCCAAGUCCCUGUACGGCGCCCUGUUUGAUUGGAUUGUUCUGCGCAUAAAUCACUCUCUGCUCAACAAGAAGGACAUGGAAGAGUCUGUGCCGUGUUUGUCCAUUGGAAUCCUGGACAUAUUUGGGUUCGAGGACUUCAGGACCAACAGCUUCGAGCAGUUCUGUAUUAACUACGCCAACGAGCAGCUGCAGUAUUACUUCAACCAGUAUGUCUUCAAGCUGCAGCAGGAGGAGUACCAGGAAGAGGGUAUCACCUGGCACAACAUCGACUACACAGACAAUGUGGGCUGCAUUCACCUGAUCAGCAAAAAGCCCACGGGCCUUUUGUACCUACUGGAUGAGGAGAGCAAUUUUCCCCAUGCCACAGACCAAACCCUGCUGGCCAAGUUCAAGCAGCAGCAUCAUGGGAGCUCCUUCUUCCUGCCCACGCCUGUGAUGGAGCCUGCCUUCGUCAUCCGCCACUUCGCCGGGAAAGUCAAGUACCAGAUCAAGGAUUUCCGGGCAAAGAACACGGACCACAUGCGGCACGACAUUGUGGCCUUGCUGCGCAGCAGCGACCGGGCGUUCAUCCGCCAGCUGAUUGGGGUGGACCCGGUGGCCGUGUUUCGAUGGGGCGUCCUCCGGGCGAUUGUUCGUAGCAUGGCCGCGUUCAAUAAGGCUGGGCGGAACAGGGCGGCCAAGAACGCAGGCUUGGUGAGACGUGGCUCCCGGACGCCGAUCGGGGAGCUGAGGAAGCUGUCCUUCCCUAGGGUGGAGAGGAUGCAGAGCCGCAGUUCAUUGAUCGACUUUUCCUUUGAUCGUUCUGAGGAACACCCUCUAGAGGUCCUGGAGGAUAUCUUUGCGAGCUACGAGAGCAGGAAGAAAAGCAAAGGCAGCAGACAGAAGCAGCUCAUUCCCAAGAAUCUGCUUGACGCCCGCUCCCUGAAGUUCAUUGUGGGGAGGACGCUACACGAUCGCACCACCAAGUCCCUGCUGCACCUGCACAGCAAGAAGAAGACGCCCAGCAUCAGCGCCCAGUUCCAGGUGUCCCUGAGCAAGCUGCUGGAGACUCUGGGGAAGGCGGAGCCAUUCUUCAUCCGCUGCAUCCGCUCCAAUGCCGAGAAGAAGGAGAUGUUCUUCGAUGAGGCCCUGGUCCUACAGCAGCUGCGGUACACAGGCAUGCUGGAGACAGUGCGUAUCAGGAGGUCUGGCUACAGCGCCAAGUACACCUUCCAGGAGUUCACCGAGCAAUUUCGGGCGCUGCUCCCGAAAGAUGCCACUGAACCCCAGAAAGACAUCUCCGCACUGCUGCAGAAGAUGGGCCUGGACAGCGCCACCUACCAGAUCGGCAAGACCAAGGUGUUCCUGAAGGAGCCCCAGCGGCAGCAGCUCCAGGAGAAGCUCCACCAGGAUGUGAUGUGUAGGAUCGUCUUCCUGCAGCGCUGCUUCCGAGCCCAGCUGGAGAGGAGGCACUUCCUGCGAAUGAGGGAAGCGGCCAUCGUCAUCCAGCGAUCAUGGCGCAGUUUGCAGCAGGAGAACCAAUACAGAGCAGCCACCAUCAUCCAGGCGCUGUGGCGAGGCUCCCAGCAGAGGGCAGACUACCUCCAGAAGCGCUCCAGCAUCAUCAAGAUGCAGGCGAUGGUGAGGGCCAGCUCAGCACGGCGGAGGUACCGAUCACUGCGGGUGGAGGAACAGGCCCGGAGGAGGCAGGAGCAGGAGGGAGAGGGGGAGAAGAAAGGGGCGGGAGAAGUGGGGGGCACGGGGGGUCCAGCCAGCGGAGCAGCGCAGGGAGAGGCCGGGGCAGAAGCAAAGGGGCAGGACAGGGCCCCGGCUCCAGCUCCAGCAGCGGACCAGAAGGAGGAGGCUAACGCAGCCAAGCCCGACAACAGAGCCAGGCCCCCGCAGCUCCAGAAGAGCGCCAUGUCCAGGAGCCAGGAGAAGAGGGAGCUGCGGCGGCAGCGUGGCGUGGAGCACAGCCAGCGGGAGAGCGAGCGGAUCGCCGGCGGUGGCGAGGACCAGCCCAUUCCAGAGGUCAAAGGUCAGCAGGACGUUAGCGGGGUGGAGGGCAGGAUGCCCGGGCAGGGUGCUUCUGUGGCCGGGAAGGCGAACGAGGAGCAGGAGAAAAAGCAGGCCGGAGUCCCCCCUCCUCUCCUACCCCGCCCCGCCACCCUGCCCCAGUUUCCCCCCCACGGUGACGAACCCCCCGGCCCCUCCCACACGGGCUCUCUGCAGCGGUACAACAAAAAGAGUGCCUUGAAGGAGAAGGGGGACAGAUGGAGGGAGAGGAGGAGCGAGGGAGCGUUUCUGGACAGUGAGCCCGAGCCCCACUGCCUGAAGGACAAGAGGACCAAGACGUUGAUGACGCAGGGACUCUCAAUGUCACUGGACAACAUUUCCAAAUUCAGCUCCUCGGAAUCUGACAGCCCGGGUCCCGGUCCAGAAACGAAUGAGGUCAGGGUGCGUUUGCGAAAGCACUCCAAGCACAAGCGCAAGCGCCGGCUGGCCUGCGCCCGCAGCGGGCUGAUGUUUAACAAAAGCGCGGAGAUGGAGGAUGUGGAGUACUGGACCUUCCCCCUGCCUCCCAUCAGCCCUGGGGGGCCCUACGUCCGGCCCUCCCGGUCCCCACUGUGCGAUGCCCCGCCCUCCAAGCCCUCCAAGCCCCGGGUCCAGUUCAAGUCCCCUACAGAGACCACCCCCAAUGGGUCAAAGGUCAGCAUCCAAGGGAAGAGACCCAAUGAGAGCUCGGGUCACCAAAGCUCCUCCCACUCGCAGCUGACUCCAACUCACACACCAGAGAAGACGGGCUUUCUGAGGAGGAUUUUGCGGAAGCGGAACCAUAAGGAGGCCAGGACGCCGGAAGACGGAGACGUGACCAUGGCGCAGACGCUGGUGGAUGGAGCGGUGCAAAGUAAAUAUUCCCCCUACACUCGCCGCUCCUCCCACAUGCUGCGGGACCCCUCCAUCCGAAUCAGCCGCGCCACCCGGGUGUCCAUGCAGUGGAACGCCUCCCUGGAGCGCGAGAUCACCAACACCAACGAGCUGCGGCACUUGGAUGAGUUCCUGGGCAACCAGGUGAACGACCUGCGCUCCAGGGGGCAACAGCUCUCUGGCACAGAGCACAUCUUCCUCGACGCCACCAUGAUGUUCAGGGAAACCAUUAAGAGCAUGUACUCUCUCUCGAAACCACAAGUUGGCUACAAGGGCCUGAUGAACAACUACCAGAACAUGGUGGCCAAGCUCGCGGGAACGAAGCAGAAGGCAGAGGUCCAGCUGGUGAUCAAUCUGUUCCAGUCCGUUCUGGACGGCUUCAUUCGAGGGGAGAUGAAGAGAGAAGAGGCGGAACCCGCCAAGCCCACAAAGAAACAAAAGAAGGAUGGGUCGAAAAACAAGUGUGAGAACAUCUUGGACCACAUGUUCAGCACAUAUCAGGUGACCAUAAUGCAGUCCUGUGAUCAGUGCAAUUCCUACAUCUGGGGGAUGGAGAAGGCCUUCAUGUGUCGCUCUUGUAAAAUGGUAUGCCACAAGAAGUGCCUCUCAAAAAUCUCCACAGACUGCUCUUCCCUUUGUGCCAAGAAGCAUGAGGAGGACUGUGUCUCCCAGCACUUCGGGGUACACGUGUGCCUUCUCACCACCAAGUCGAACCCGGUCCCCGUCGUCAUGGAGAAGCUUCUGGGCCAUGUGGAGAUUAAUGGCCUGUACACCGAGGGCAUCUACCGCAAAUCUGGCUCUGCCAGCCGGGCCAGGGAACUGCACCACCUGCUGGAGAACGAGCCCCUUAAGGUCUGCCUGGAUGAUUACCCCAUCCACACCAUCGCCGGCCUGCUCAAACAGUGGCUGCGGGAGCUGCCUGACCCCCUCAUGACCUAUAGCCACUACAACGACUUCCUGCGGGCAGUCGAGUUGCCUGAGCAGUCAGAAAAGCUCCACGCUGUCUACAAAGUUCUAGACCAGCUCCCCCCAGCCAACUUCAACACUCUGGAAAGGCUCGUCUUCCAUUUGGUCAGAGUGGCCAAGGAGGAAGUGCAUAACCGCAUGUCCCCCAAUUCUCUGGCCAUCGUCUUUGCCCCCUGUCUUCUCCGCUCUCCUGACACCUCCAACCCCUUUUUGAGCAUGAAUGACGUGGGCAAGACCACCUUGUGUGUGGAGAUUCUGAUAAACGAACAGAUCAGGCGGUAUAAUGAGAAGAUGGAGGAUAUCGAGCAGCUGGAGAUCGCCGAAGCCCUGGCUGUGAACGAGCUAAAACUGAAGAGGCAAAAUACGGUUAUGGAGAAAGCCCAGAAGCCCGAUCUUAAGCCCACAGAUUCGGACAAUGAAGAGAAGACCCUGAUAGAGCGCAUCAAGUCCAUCAAGCAAGAGAAGGACGAGCUAGCCUGCAGACUGCCCGAGCUGGAGCAGCCAGGGUCGGACCUGGAGACCCUGGACAUGGACAUGUCCAUGAGCUGCGAAAGCCUGGCGGACCCCCGCUUCGGGGAGCUGAACGUGGAAGGUAAAGUGACCCCAAGUUCCAAAAACCAGAAGCUGGGGGAGAGUGUGCGGCUGGGAUCCAACCACCAAAGUGGGUCCCCGACUUUGGGUGCGCGUGGCACCCCAGACCCUGCCCCAGAGAAGAGGCAGGAGCAGCCAGGAAGACGCAAAGAUGCCGUCCAAUCCAUGUAUAUCGCCUCUGGCCAGGACUCCUCCCAAAAAGCCUUAAAGUCCUCUGCCAAGGUCAACAGGCCCUUCUCCGAGGCAAACAUCCCCUAUAUAGACGAGGAGGUCUGA